UUUUACGCGGCGGAGCGGCCGGAGGCCGAGGCGGUGCCUUGGGUGGAGGGGUUCGGUUUGGGUGGGUGCCUUCCGAGUACCGGGUUCCUUCUCCCUUCGCUCUCGCGGGCGUGGGGGGGCUCGGGUGUGACUCCUGUGGCUGCGGUUCCCGGAGCGCCAGCACGGGGAUGGGCUCCCCCAGCUCCCCCGGGAAGUUCGGCCCCGGCCGCUGAACCCGCCCGGAGCACCCCCAGGGUUCGAGCGGCGUCGUGUCCCCGGGGAGGAGGAGAGCGGGGCAGGCCCGGCCGGCCCCGCGGGCAGCAUGGACCAGAGCGUGGUGGAGCACCCUGUGACCCUCAUCAUCAAGGCCCCCAACCAGAAAUACACCGACCAGACCAUCAGCUGCUUUCUGGAGUGGACUGUGGGCAAGCUGAAGUCCCACCUCUCCAAGGUGUAUCCCAGUAAGCCGUCUACAAAGGAUCAGAGACUGGUGUAUUCUGGCAGACUGCUUCCUGAUCAUCUCCAGCUGAAAGAUGUUCUCAGAAAACAAGAUGAAUAUCAUAUGGUUCACCUGGUGUGUACAUCUCGGACACCCCCAAGUUCUCCAAAACCCAGCACCAGUAGAGAAAGUCACGGAGCGUCAACGUCCAGCAGUAGCUCAAAUUUAGACCGUUUCGGGCCAACUGCUGCCUCACCCACAAACCAAGAAGCUCCUUCAUCUUUGAACACUAGUGCAGAUGGAUUGAGGCAUCGUAAUCUUCCACAAGGACACAGCAAUCCCACGCCAAGCCACCAGUUCCCUUAUUUAAUGCAAGGCAAUAUAGGCAACCAGCUUCCAGGCCAAGGUGUUCCUGCUGGAUUUUCUAUGUAUCCUGCAUUCAGUCCCUUACAGAUGAUAUGGUGGCAGCAGAUGUAUGUACGUCAGUACUACAUGCAAUACCAAGCUGCUGUUUCAGCCCAAGUGACUUCCAGCACUGAGCCAGCGAGAUCUGCAGUUUCCCAGGCUGUAAAUUCAGAACAUGCUCCUGCAAAUGAGCCUGCAGCAGUGCCAAAUGUAGCCGUCCAGGAGAACAGGCCUGUAAACCAAAACGUUCAGAUGAAUGCACAAGGUGGCCCAGUAGUGAAUGAAGAGGACUUCAACCGGGACUGGCUGGACUGGAUGUACACAUUCUCUAGAGCAGCAAUUCUUCUGAGCAUUGUAUACUUCUAUUCUUCUUUCAGUCGGUUUGUCAUGGUAAUGGGAGCCAUGCUGCUGGUUUAUUUACACCAAGCUGGAUGGUUUCCCUUUAGGCAAGAGGGAGGCCAACAACAGGCAGCCAAUAAUGCAGACGUGAACCGUGAUGGGCAACAUGCAAAUAAUCCUGAUCUUGAAGAGAUGGAGCGACUUAUGGAUGAUGGGAUUGAUGAAGACAACGGAGAAGAUGCAGGUGAAGAUGGCAAUACAGAGCAGCAGCCUGGAUUCAUGGCUUCUGCUUGGUCCUUUAUCACAACUUUCUUCACAUCACUGAUCCCUGAAGGGCCUCCACAGGUUGGCAAUUGAAGUGGAAAAGGAACUGUGUCAGGCAGCCUCAGUUAGCCAUACAUAGAAGGGGAGCAGAUCCUAGAGAGUGUUCUAAAUACAGUGCAAUUUCUGAAAAUUUAUAAUGUUUUCUUUUUGAUCAUGGUGUACAAAAAUGUGUAUUUUUUUCUUUUUGGCUUUCUCAUGCAUUGAAUAUGUUAAGCACAAGUGGACUACUAAAUGCUUUCUUUAAGAUUCUUCUUUUUUCUGAAGAAUAAAAUGUAAAGAUACCGGUCUUCCAUGUUUUGUUUUAAUUUCAAAUGUGUGUUACACUGAGGCAAAGAGCUUGUACGUAAUCUGCAUUAUUACCUCUUUAAAGAGCUGUUAAAAAUAUGAAUGUUGACAGACCCUUCCAAAUGCUCUCUAUUUAUCUGAAUAAUGUAUCUUGUUAGUUCGAUGCAGGCUACAAAUUCUCACAUGGGAUUUGGAACUUAAUUCCUGAGAAAAUGCAGUAAAAACAAAGGUUACUUGUUAAUGGCAUGUUGUCUUCAUGUGAGAAAAUAGUAAGCGUCUUCAUUUAAAAAGCUGAGAGCUUUUUCUUGAAGACUGUACUGACGUUCAUUAAAGUUGGAGGCAUUUGACAGCUCUUCAAAGACAAUUGGCAGUGAUGGGAUAAACCUCAAAUGCUUGAUACAUACAGUACUUUUUAAGGAAAAUAUAGCUGUGCUGGGACAAAAUAUAUACAUUAGGUUUUUUAAUAAAACUGUUAUGGUAACUCUUUUGGAUGUUUAUAUGCAUAUUUGAAUGCAAAUGGCUAAAUUGUGCCUCAUUAAGGAUGAGGAUAUAAUUAAUCUGAGAGUGUAAUAAAGUUAUCAUGGUGGCAUUACUGACAUUGACCAAAUGAUGUGUUUGUAGCAGCGUCUAUACAAUUAUGAAUAUGAACUCAACAGCAGACUAUCUGUAUUCUUUAACUUCAUUAACCUAAUUAAAACUGAGAAAAAGAAAAUGGUACAUUGAGAGAGUAGCACACUGCUGUGACAGGUUAUUGGUUGCUUUCUUUAGCUUUUAAUCCUAGUCAAGAAGGUACAUUUGGUUUUGUUCUUAAUCCUGAAGUUACCGUGUGCUCUCGAACUUAAAAAUGUCUGCAAAGAUUCUGUUGCACUACUACCAAAAGAAAGCUCAUUUGACUUCCAAGGACAGGGCAAAGCUCUUGAAUAUUCUGAAUGAGUGAUGAAUAGGGAUUUAUUUUUCACUUGCUUAUCUUAAACUGCUAUGCAGCAAAGUUUUAAACCCAAAGAAAAAUUUAAGUUUUUACAAGUUUGUCAAAAGAAAAAGAAAUCUAAGUCUUAAAAGCAUCAAUUAUUUUAUUUGCUGUAUCGGUAACAAUGAUGAAUAAGUCAUGUUUAAUUAUGAUGUCUUCUUCCUAUUUUUACUAUGGAAAGCUGCUCUCAGUUUAGAUUUUUUACUACCUAUACAUUCAAUGUGUAGACUUUGUCCAUGAAAUGUACCUUUUUAGUUUAGCAGAUGGAUCUAACUUUACUAAUAUUUAAGAGCUGCUACAAAAACGUACAUUUUUAAAGGGGUGUCACAAGUGUAGGUCUUGGAUGUCAUAGGCCUCAUUUCUGGAAUACAUUGAAGAAGUUUCAUCUGUUUGACCUGUGUUCUCUCUCACUUUUACCAAAGUUUUUUCUUUUACCAUUUUUCAUUUUGCCCUUGUGUUAGCAUACCUGUAAGCUGUGCAGUUAUGACCUGCCAGUAUCCAGCUGUUAACAGCCAUUUGUUGUUUCUUACCUAUGUUGUUCAGGUUGGUUUGUUUUCCUUGUUGUAGGAAGCCGUUGGUGGCAGCUCUCUGCUGUUAGCAGACUGGAUUAAGAAAGCUGUUAGCCCUGGUUUGGUUGAAAGGUGUAGAAUUGUCACUGCUGGUUUGUAUUCAGACAAGGAUAAAUUUGACAGGUUUCACAAGGCUGAAAUAGUGAAAUAUGAAAUUCUGGCAGUUGGUUGGAUGUUGAGGGGGAUGUUCUGAGAGCUUUAACCAGAAUACAGAGCUGGAGGGAUGUGUCACAGAGACCACACUUCCAUGAGAUCAUCUUAAGGUCAUCUGAUCUCCCAGCUUCCACAACUUACAAGAUGCAAACAAGGAAAGGCAAAAUUAUGGUUACUGAGGAAAGUGACUGAGAAAUAACAAUGAGAUAGGAAGCUACCAAAGAGUUGGAGGCAGAGGAAGGCUACUGGCAGGAGCAAAAAUAAGAUAAGGUUGUGAUCACGAGUAAAUAGAAAGCAAACAUUGAAAAGCAGAGGUAAGAAAGGUGCACUUUUUAGAAAGGGAAAGAGCUUGUUGAAAAUUAGUCAAAUAAAGUCUUUGUUGCAUGUGUUUGAGUGAUUCAGGUAAAGAAUUGAAGAGGAUAAGAAGUAUAACAGGUGAUGAUGGGAGAAAAAUCAAAACCCGAGGAAGAGUUGCUUUUUCUCUAGUAUAUCCUUGUAGAAACUGUUUAAUAGCAUAAACCAAAACAUAGUUUUGUAUUUCUGUUUGCCUGGAACCAUGUAUUACAUGGUUCUAGGCAAAGCCAGAUGCAGAAUGGUAGUAAAUCUAUGGCAAGUGUAACAAAAGCCAUGAGGUUUAAAGUACCAUGGGAUGUGCCCCAAAUUAAUUAUUUCCUUUAACUUUGAGGAAGACCUGAAAUGGCAGAUGCAUUUAUAUUAUGCUAAGUGUAGGUUAACAGCGAGUCUGUGGCAGCAUGUGCAAUACCUUAAUGGUGUGUUAAUGUAAGAGACAUCAUAUCAGAAACACACACAAGUGAAGCAUAUCCCAUCCAUAAUACUUCUGCUGUGAAGACACAGGUUAGAUCAGCAGUGCUGAUGGAGCAGGUGUAUAAAAAAGCAACACACAGCUACUCCUUAGCAUGAUUUCUUAAUACUGUGCUUUGAAAAAUACUUUGCAACUGCUGUGUGUCCAUAAAUACAUGUGCAUUGACUUCUUAAGCUCAGUUUACAGACAUGGUUUAGCAGUGCCACUGUUGGCUUAACAGGUUGUCCUGGUUUAACCCCAGCUGGCAGCUAUGUACCAUGCAGUAGCUUGUUCCCUUCCCCCUUUCUCUCCUCCCUCAUGAAAUGGAGAGGAGAACCAGGGAAAAAAGUAAAACUCAUGGGGUGAGAUAAAAACAGUGUAAUAAUUAAGAUAAAUUGAAAUACAACAGUAAUGCUAACAAUUGUAGUAAAAAGGAUACAGAGACAACCCAAGAAAAAUGAGGCACCAUACAGUUGCUCACCACCUGCUGAUGAAUGACCAGCUCCUCCCUGAGCUGCAUCUGACACCACUGGGGCUAGCUUCCCCCUGUUUAUAUCCAGGGCAUGACAAUCUAUGUUUGGAAUAUCCAUUUGGCCAGUUUGGAUCAGCUGUCUUGGCUGUGUUCCCUCACAGCCUCCUGUGUGCCUGCUCCUGGCAGAGCAUGGGAAACUGAGACCUUGAUUUAGGGUAAGCACUGCUUGGCAAAAACAGAAACAUCAGCCUGUUACCAGCAUUGUUCUCACACUCAACCCAAAACACAGCACUUCUUAGUACUGGCGACUAAAAAGAAAAUUAAUUCCAUCCCAGCUGGGGCACAAGUGUAACGUAAAGUCAAACUGAAGAAUUCUUGGGUACAAAGGGCUUGUUGUGAGCUUGCCAUCUCUCGCUCAUGCUGCCAUUUGGUUGGGAGACCUUGAGAGGCUGAAUUGGCUUUCCAGUUGUUCCCUGUUGCCCUUAAAUUCAGGUGAUUCAUAGAGAAGUUACCACCUGAUAUUCCAGGAAAGGUUUGCUUUAGUCUAUGACGACACUACCGUCUUAACUACUGCUGCAGCAGGAGAAAAACCCAAACCAUUGUCAGUGAUGUUUGUAAUCUUAAUAGCUGAUGCAAAAUGACUGACACUUCCAGCAGAUGGUGUGAUUAGUCAUGUUUCUGCUGCUUGUUUCCUGUAUAUGUUGAAAGUUUUCUAAUGUAAUUCAUAUUUAGCAGCCUCUGCUUUUGACAGGAAGCUGUUCAGAAUUUAUCCCAGUGAGUGAACUGACCUAUUUUUGGAUGUAUUUGGGUGGGCUGUUUCAGGCCAGCUGCGUGCACCCUUGUUAGUAAGGCUGGGGGCCUGCCCUUACUUUGGUGCCAGCCAGCUGCCAAAGCCUCCAAGGUGGUGGGAAAGGUUUGAUGCUGCUGGCAUUCAGGUUAAGGGGGUUAAUGCCAGGGUUAAUUCCUCUGGGUGAGAAACUCUUUCAGAUUCCAGUGUUAGUAUAGGUGGGAUGAUGCAAACUGGGAAUGAGUUACUUCAUCACUCACAACCUUUGUUUCAAAGCUGCUGCUUGUCCAACAAUAAUAAUGUGUAGGUUUCAUCAUGAUUCCCACUCCUAAAAGAAGAGUAUUUGGCCAUUCUGCGCAGUGGUGGCUCUGCAAGAAGGCUACAUCGAGAGUACCUAUUCAGCUGCAGGUUCUUUCUCUUGGCUGGAUUUAUUCCUUUGCAGCUGUCUGUGCAAGCUCUCGCUUUUGAAGGAAGCCAGGUGAUGCUGUUGUGAAUGCUUAGCAAUAUACUUACUCACAGGAAGAUCAACCCACAAGCACUGAUUGGAGAGGAGGGAAGCAUACACUGGACCUGAAGGAACUAUCCAUAAUGAGGCAAGGACUGGCUAACUUCUUUUGUAUUUGCAGAGGCAAGCAGAGUGUCCCGUGGGAGAAUUUCCAUGGUCCAUAAGCAGCAUUUCCACUUCUUUACCAACACUUUUUUUUCCACUUGAUAUCAAGAUCAGUUUGUGCUUGGUUUAGAUUUUAAGCCACAUGAAGAAAUGUUGCUGUAUAACAAUAAAGAUUUCUAUUUUUUUUCCUUUAA